GCCUGUUUGGGUCGAAGAUAAAGAAUGGCCUGGAUUCGAAUGCUCAUUCCACGAUGUCGCCCAUGGACGAGAAGUCACCCAUGGUAUUCCAGCCGACCAUGUUCGUGCCGCCGCAGCCCAUCCCGUACCCACCCAACUAUACGCAAUACGUCACUGGUCCAGCGCAAGGAGCGUAUGGCAUCCCUGUUGUGGCCAGCACGAUGUGGAAGUCGGGCAUAUUUGAAUGCUUCCAGUCGACGCCCAAUGGUUCGUGUCAUAUCAGCCCAGCUGAGCUGAUUGUUGACAUCCUUGAGUAGCUUUGAUGGCCCUGUUUUGCCCAUGUGUGGCUGUGGCCCAGAUCGCGUCUCGCCUUGGCGCGUUCGGAGGGUACUGCGGCGUCUUGGCGGUGCUUUUCGUGAUCUACUGCACCCAUCACGCGUUUGCCGGGCUCGCUCAAAACGAAGUCGACAACUACGAACAAGACCAAGGCCACUGGACCCCUCAAAACAUCAACCGACUCAUCACGUACGCCACCCUAAGCUCGUUGACGGCGCUGUUGCCAGCGCUGUUCCUCGCGGUGCUUCGCACCCGCGUCCGUCGCGUGCAUCACAUCCAAGGCAGCGAAUGCGAAGACUUUCUGUGCUCGUACUUCUGCAACUGCUGCACCAUUGCCCAGAUGGCCACGGAAGUGCAAGCGUACACACCUGGCGAGUGCUCGUUCGGGCCCCGCAGCACCAUCCCUGCCUACCACGUCGUGUACGGCAACACGUUGGUGUAAACUUGAGCGUUAUGCGUAUGAAUGCACCAGGACAAGUUAGUUGUUUAUAACGUUACAGCCUAUCGUGUACUACCGGUAGUACCAUUCCCAUGGUCACGUCACGACGAAUGUCGAAAAUAACCCACUUAGUUCGUCGGUG